GCAUAGUUUCUAUACUUUGUCCUUCAACUGACAUUUCCAUUCUCCAUCUUGCAGAGUUAGGACGUGACGUCUGUCGUUUUAUUCUGAUUCCACUUAAGAUUAUUACGUAAAUAUGUCGAAAAUCGGUAUCAACGGAUUUGGCCGUAUUGGUCGUCUGGUACUUCGUGCUUCCAUUGAAAAGGGAGCUCAAGUUGUAGCUAUCAACGACCCUUUCAUUGGCCUGGACUACAUGGUCUACCUGUUCAAGUACGAUUCCACUCAUGGACGUUUCAAGGGAACCGUUGAAGCUGGUGAUGGUCACCUCAUCGUAAAUGGAAAGAAAAUUGCAGUCUUCUCUGAAAGGGAUCCUAAAGCUAUUCCAUGGGGUAAGGCUGGAGCUGAGUAUGUCGUAGAAUCAACUGGUGUCUUCACAACCACGGAUAAGGCAUCUGCUCAUUUGGAAGGUGGAGCUAAGAAAGUAAUUAUCUCUGCUCCCAGUGCUGACGCACCCAUGUUUGUUGUUGGUGUUAACUUGGAAGCCUACGAUCCAUCAUACAAAGUCAUCUCUAAUGCUUCCUGCACAACUAACUGUUUGGCUCCCCUUGCCAAGGUCAUCCAUGACAACUUUGAAAUUGUUGAGGGUUUGAUGACUACUGUUCAUGCUACUACUGCUACCCAGAAGACUGUCGACGGUCCCUCUGGCAAGUUAUGGCGUGAUGGUCGUGGUGCCCAACAAAAUAUCAUUCCCGCUUCAACUGGUGCCGCUAAAGCUGUAGGCAAAGUUAUUCCUGCACUCAAUGGUAAACUCACUGGUAUGGCCUUCCGUGUGCCAGUUCCUAAUGUAUCUGUAGUUGACCUUACUGUGCGUCUUGGCAAACCAGCCAGCUAUGAUGCCAUCAAGCAAAAGGUUAAGGAAGCAGCUGAAGGACCCUUGAAGGGUAUUCUUGGAUACACCGAAGACCAAGUUGUAUCUACUGACUUUGUCGGUGAUUCCCACUCUUCUAUCUUUGAUGCUGCUGCUGGUAUCUCUCUAAACGAUAACUUUGUCAAGCUUAUCAGCUGGUACGACAAUGAAUAUGGCUACUCUAGCCGUGUCAUCGAUCUCAUCAAAUACAUCCAAACCAAGGAUUAAAUUACUACAUUCAUAGAAGAGAUAUGAUUGUGUAAUGUCGAGAUUAACGAUGCUUAUAAUUAUUUUAAGUCUUUAAGUGUAGAUGUGAAUUCUAUUCUAAAUUAUCGUACUACUUCGACAGUAGAGGUAUGCUUUGAUAGCAUACAUCACCUGUAAUUGUACAUUAGAAUAACAUGUUGAACACAAAAAGUCAUUAUAAGGACAAUUAAAUUAUUAGACAUGUU